CCGACAUAAACUCUUAAUGUAUUUACUGUAAAUAAUUUGUCAAUAGGUAGACAGGGUGGUGCAGCUAGGAGUGUCCACGGUGUAGGGUAUGAGGUGGUGAUGCAACUGAUGGAACCAUAUUUGUACAGAUAUCACCACCUCGUGUGUGACAACUAUUUCACGAGCCCGGCUCUCUGCUCUUCCCUCUUUGAUAAAGACACCUACAUGACUGGCACUGUCAGGGUCUACAGAAAAGGAAUGCCCAAGUCUUUAAAGAAUUUAAAGUUGCAGCGUGGAGAGUCACUAGUAAAGCAAAGCGGACCCAUUAUGGCACUUUGUUAUGGUGACAGGAAAACCGUAACAUUUAUGUCCACGCUAUCCCAGCCCAACGUUAUUGCGACACACAAUGCCCGGGGAGUUGAAAUCCAAAUACCGGCAGUCAACUGCGUGUACAACCAAAAGAUGGGUGGUGUCGACCUGUCCGAUAAAAGUUUGGAGCUCUAUGAUCCUGACAUAAGGUCCAACAAAAUGUGGAAACGGAUCCUGUUCAACCUCCUUCUGAGAGUCAUUUCCAAUGCGUACAUCAUAUACAGGCAAAAUAGAGGUCUACGGACUAAAAUGAACAGGAUGGACUUUCAAAUUGGAGUUUGCUUGGGACUUGUAAUGUUGGAAAUUUUCGGCAACCCAGGCGCCUUGCUGGAAGGCCAAGUCUGUCCGCUCAAGCAAGACUGACAGAGAGGCACUUCAUAGAACAACUUGAUGAUAAACACCCUUAGAAUCGAUAUCGAAAAUAAUUAAUUAUAAUACUCUGGUAUAAUUAUGUCCAUGCAGCAACUAAAUAACGACAAACUUAAUAAUAACAACAUUUUGUCAUCUGAUUUCUAGGCAGAAAAAGAAAAGUAUGCGUCAUCUGCAAAAGCAAAAUUAGAACGUGGUGCGCAUCCUGCGGCAUCGGCCUGUGUUUGAAAUGUUUUGUCACAUUUCAUACAACUAGACAAUUUGAGGAAUAAAUAAAAACAUCAAUCUGUUAUCUUUUUUCUUGUUUUUUUUUUAAUUUUAGAAUAUACCGACUUGAUGUAGCAAUUUCUUUAUGCUUAACGAUCGUCAGAUUUCCGUCUCUAUAUAUCGUAAAAUUAAUUAGUAAGAAACGAAAGGAAUUAUUUAAAAAUUGAUUUCAUUAUUUCAGUUCUGAUGCUUAAAAUUUCUCAAGUGGCGAGGGCCACAAAAUACUAACUAUAGUUAGAAAAAGUACAAAGCGUUAAAAUAAAUGAAAUUAUAAAAUAAAAGAUAAGAUAUGACUGGAACGGGCACUUUAUGUAAUACAAUCGAGCGCAAAAUUAUUUCCGCCGAAUAACGUCAAAAAUUUUAUGACGUCGUUUAAUUGUCGCAGUGACGUUAGUAUAUUUGCACGCUUACGUCGCAGCCAGAGGGUUAAUGAACGGCAAUAUAAACUGCGAUAUGCCAAAUAAG